AUGUUCACUUUUAAACUUAUAUUCAUAUUGUGUAUUUUCUGUAUAGGAGUAAAAGUAUGCCGUUCGGGAAUUCGGACGUUAAUAGUAGAAAAUAUCUUUAACAAUAAGGUCGUGUUGGAUAAUCUUCUAACAGAAUACGGCCAUUCAACGUCUGCUCUAUGUUCUAUUGUUUGUCAGCAGGAGACGUGCGAGUGCUUCGGUUUCAACUCAAUCACUAAAACGUGUCGAGUUCAUGCCUUCUGUAGAACAGACAAUACAUUAAUUGAAGAAUCAGGAUGGAAAUAUUACAGAUCUCGAGCAGAGUGGGAUACUUUCAUGAACUCGGAGUACCUAUUGAAUUACACAGUUAUUACGUGGAGUGUGGCCCAGGCGAACUGUAUGAUCAAGGGGAGUAAAUUAGCUGAAAUUGAAUCUCCUGAAGAAAACGAUUAUAUCAUGUCGCUUGUGAUGAAGUUGACGGAAAACGUGUGGCUGGGGGGAACAGACCAGGACAAAGAAGGAUCGUGGGUGUGGCAGUCAACCAAAGAACCAUUAUCAUACAAGGCAUGGGCUACGGGUUAUGGUGAACCCGAUGACUACAACAACCAGGAUUGUUUAUGUGUAUAUAGACCUUACGGAUUAAAUUGGAGUACUUGUCAAUGCUGGGAACUACUCCAGUACAUUUGCGAAAGAGAACUUUUUAACUGA